AUCUUCCCUUUCCCACUUUAAACCUUCAUUUUCACUUCCAUCUCUCUCUCUCUGUCUCUCUUCUUCUUUCUCGAAUCACCUUCCAACUUCCAAUCUUCUUCUUCUUCUUCUUCUUCUUCUUCCAAACUUCCAUCUAUGGCGGUUGCUCGUUGCUUCCUCCCUUUUCCUUUUGAAACUUCAAAGCAUCCACUCUCUACUUCCAUUUUCACUUCUUCUUUUGCUACUGAUUGUUCCUUCACUGUCGCGUUUCAUUCUGAUUCUCGUCUGCGCCGAGGUUUUAAGCUUCCAAUCAUCCCUCUCUGCUGCAAAAUGCCCCAUCGCUUUAAAGCCAAGCCACAAGAUUCGGAAGCAACAUUAGUUGCCGGCUCCUUCACUGAAUUCAAACACCUGCUGCUUCCAAUAACGGAUCGCAAUCCUUUUCUUUCCGAGGGAACGAGACAGGCUAUUGCGACUACUGCUGCUUUGGCAAAGAACAAUGGGGCUGACAUAACAGUAGUCUUGAUUGAUGAAAAGCAGAAAGAUUCGUUUCCGGAGCACGACAACCAACUCUCGAGCAUUCGUUGGCAUUUGUCUGAAGGUGGAUUCCAAGAGUUUCGAUUGUUGGAGCGAUUAGGGGAAGGAAGCAAGCCAACAGCAAUCAUUGGGGAGGUGGCUGAUGAUCUGAACUUGGAUUUGGUGGUUCUAAGCAUGGAAGCCAUUCAUUCUAAGCAUGUGGAUGCUAACCUACUGGCUGAGUUCAUUCCAUGCCCUGUUAUGCUCUUGCCAUUAUGAUUUUUGUACAAUUUGUCACCUAUAUUAGAGUUUUAUGCUGUCAUAUUAUAUGUGUCAAUAUACUGGGUGUACUUGUGAUUUAUGUAUAUAUAAAGUGUUUUUGGGUUUUAAUGGAACCUUUUUAUAUUUUCUA